AGCAGGCGGGCUGUUCUCACCUCUAUUGUGUGUGGUUUGUGUAUCUGCAGAUGAAAUGGCCCCUUCUGGAUGUUCCAGGCACGGCAGCACUCAGAGACUCACGAUCACCUACUCCAGGACUCUUAUCUAAUAAGGUCCCGGUGGUCCAGCAUGCUCACAUGCACCCCCUGACCCCCCUCAUCACCUACAGCAGUGAACACUUUUCUCCAGGAACUCCUCCGGCCCACCUCUCGCCAGAAAUCCUGGACCCGAAGACAGGUAUUCCUCGGACCCCCCACCCCUCAGAGCUGUCCCCCUACUACCCCCUGUCCCCUGGGGCUGUGGGGCAGAUCCCUCACCCCUUAGGGUGGCUCAUCCCACAGCAGGGUCAACCCAUGUAUCCCAUCACUGCCGGGGGUUUCCGUCACCCUUACCCAGCUCUUGCCAUGAACGCUUCCAUGUCCAGUUUGGUGUCCAGUCGCUUUUCUCCUCAUAUCGUUCCUCAUCAUCCUCACGGCCUUCAUCAGACAGGUAUCCCUCACCCAGCCAUCGUCUCCCCGUCUAUUAAACGAGAGCCCAAUGGAGAAUUCAGCCCAGCGGCUAAUACAAAGUCUCCAGUCCCGACUAAGAAGGAGGAGGACAAGAAACCUCACAUUAAGAAGCCCCUAAACGCCUUCAUGCUCUAUAUGAAAGAGAUGAGGGCCAAAGUGGUGGCCGAGUGCACACUGAAAGAAAGUGCCGCCAUCAACCAGAUCCUCGGCCGCAGGUGGCAUUCUCUAUCACGAGAGGAACAGGCCAAGUACUACGAGCUGUCCAGGAAAGAGAGGCAGCUGCACUCUCAACUCUACCCUGGCUGGUCCGCACGAGAUAACUAUGGCAGGCGGAAGAAGAGGAAGAGAGAUAAUAAGACUGACUCAGCACCAGAGGAUUUCUCGGCACGGAAUAAGAAGCCGUGUGUGCAGUACCUCCCUCAGGAGAAGAUGAUUGACAGCCCGGCCUCCUCUCACGGCAGCAUGCUGGACUCUCCAGCCACGCCCUCUGCAGCCCUGGCCUCGCCCGCCGCUCCCGCCCCCACUCACUCUGAGCAAGCCCAGCCGCUGUCACUCACCACCAAACCCGACCGCCACCAUCACUUCCCUCUGCUCUCCAAACCCUCCUCCUCAUCAUCUUCAUCAUCCUCCUCCUCCUCGCUCUUUGUUGAAUGUAACCUAAUUAGGAACGGCAAUAUAGUACGUGAUUGA